AUGGCCGACAUAUUAGUGGACAAAAAGAAUAUCAAUCCAGUGCUCCUGUUAUCAAGUAACACGGUAGAACACUUGGAACCCGAGAUAUCUGAUACAAGCAGGGUUGAUAUGCUGAACACUCCUGCAUUGGAAUCACCAGAGGAGCAAUUAUUAACCCCACACUCAUCCAAAGAAACACCACGACGCCAACAUCACAAAACUAAAACGUAUCCUAAUAAACGUCUGAAGUAUAACAUUUUACAAGAAAUCAGAGACGAUAGGAGAGAGUUCUACAAGCAGCGAUUAGAUGUUGAAAAACAAAAGAUAAAUAUGGCAGAAGAGAGGAACAUACUCUUAAGAAGGCAGAUUGGAAAGAGAAAAAUAGAGUCCUCAGUACUAAAGUUAAAAAAUUAA